AUCUUGCACAAUACAUAAUCUCCAAUUGUUACGGUUAUACCGAUCGGCUGCUUGCCGCUGGCUGACCUCCAGCUUCUACAUCGAUUCGAGUCGACGCAGAGUCGUUAGGAAAGGCAGGCUUGCUUCGAGUGGCGAGGACCAUCUCGGCUUGUAUCUCGACUCGGAGUCCGAAUCAACCCUUUAUUUGUCCCCUUCAUCACUCCACCACAUCGACCUGUACCUUCUCCGAUUUGAACGUGCUAACUGGUUGUGGGAUCGACGAUGACAACAUUACGAUCAUUUCAAGCGGAAAUUGAGCAGAUCUCGUUGGAGAAGCAGAAACAGGCUAUUCGAGAAGCUAGAGAGGCUCAUGCUGCUGCUGAGCUGGCCAGACAUCAUGGCAAAGCUCCCAAGGUCCAGCAAGUGGAGGUAGCGAAUCGCAAGGAGGAAGUGACCGCCGAUGAGUCCGUCGAGGAAGAGCAGAGCCUCGAGAGCCUGAUAUUAGGGGAAGAUGGUGAAGCGCUGCGAUCCAAUCUUGCUCGAUUGCUGCUGAGAGGACAUGGCGAACAACUCAUACCACUCGGGUCCCAUCCUCCUCCCUCCGAACUCUUUGGCUCAACGUCCACAUCGCCUCCCGAGAAUCCGAUCGGCCAAGCAGUCACAUUGGUCGAGCUAACACCCGCCCUCGGUCGCUUACGAGAGGCAUGCACUGCGCUCCGAGCAGAGUUGAAUGAGUUAUACCGAGUCGAGAAGGAUGGCAAGGUUUACGGAUGUUGGCAGGCACGAUUGACGCCUAGGCGUGUCGAGGAGAUCAUGGAAGUUCGAGUGGCCGUUGUUGGGAAUGUGGACGCAGGAAAGAGCACAACACUAGGUGUUUUGACCCGUGGAGGUCUGGAUGAUGGUCGAGGCAAGGCUCGAGUCGCUCUUUUCCGCCAUCCGCACGAGAUUGAAACAGGUCGAACGAGUAGUGUCGGUGGCGAGAUCCUAGGCUUUUCACCCACCGGACAGCCGGUCAUACCUACGAGUCAUACGGAUUCUGGCGGUGAUCAUGGGCAUCUCGCUGCGGCGAAACGGGAGAAGCUCGGUUGGGAGGAGGUUUGCAAGCGUGCAGCCAAGGUCGUCAGUUUCAUUGAUCUGGCAGGGCACGAGAGGUACUUCAAAACCACACUGUACGGCCUCAGCGGAUGUGCACCAGACUAUGUCAUGUUGAUGGUGGGCGGGAAUGCGGGACUGAUAGGAAUGUCCAAGGAACACCUCGGAGUCGCUCUCGCACUCAAUGUUCCAAUAGCAGUAUGCGUGACAAAGAUCGAUAUGACUCCGCCCAAUAUCCUCGAACAAACCGUCAAUAUGCUCGUCAAAGUGCUCAAAAGUCCCGGAUGUAGGCGGUUACCGGUCUUUGUCGACACGGCUCAACAAGCUGUCGAUUGUGCGCGACACCUCGGUCAGCCCAUUGGCAGCGGCAGUACGAGAUUGUGUCCGAUAUUCAUGGUCUCCAACGUCACUGGCCACAAUUUGCCGACCUUACGCACGUUUCUCAACUGCUUGCCUUCGUCCCAGUCGGAUGACAAGUACGUCGUGGAUGCGCCGUUUGAGUUUCAGAUCAGCGACGUUUUCUCAGUGCCUUUUGUCGGUACAGUCGUUAGCGGUGUCAUCACCUCGGGCACUGUGCAAGCGAACGACCCGGUCCUUCUCGGUCCCGACUCCGUCGGCCAAUUCAUGCCGACAGCAGUCAAGACGAUUCAGCGUAAAAGAGCUUCAGUGAACAGUGCAGAAGCCGGUCAGAGUGUUUCCUUUGCGCUCAAGCGUAUACGGCGGACGCAAGUUAGAAAAGGCAUGGUUCUGACUGGUCGGACGGAAACCGCCCCAAAAGCUGUCAGAAAGUUUGAAGGCAUCGUUAUGGUCCUCCACCACGCCAGCACGAUACAGCCCAAAUACCAGGCGAUGAUGCAUUGUGGUGCAAUACGGCAAACUGUUCGAAUAUUAUCACUAGACCACCCUUCGGGUCUGAUAAGAACCGGUGAUAGGAGCAAAGUCGUUUUCGAAUUCAUCAGCCACACUGAGUUUGUCAAGGAGGGUCAAUUGAUAUUAUUACGGGAGGCUAAGACCAAGGUUCUAGGAGUGGUCACCAAGAUCCUGGCAUAGCUUGUUUCUUUUGUAGUCUUGAUAGAUAAGUCACCUGUAUCCUGCGCUUCGUCGAGUUGUCACGCGCUGCCACAUUCGCGUCGGUU